AGGAAGCUUUGUACAUUAAUGUGUUUUUGGAAUUCAAAAUUUAGAUAUUAAGGUCCCUCCAUGGGAAAGCAAUUCAACUUUGUGUACAAUUCCCGCCAGUGCGACCACUAGAGCCCUGUUUGCUCCCUUCAGUUCUCUCCUCUUUCCACACGCGAAAACCCAACUCACUGCUGAACGCGAGCUAAGCAGGGAAACAACACUAUCAUUCUUCGCUUAGCCGGCAAGGGUUUCAACUUUCAAAUCGCAGCCUGCGCAUCCAGGUUUGAAUAGAUUUGGCUGGAAGCAGAUUAAUGCACUUUCAUGUUAUGAGAGAUUGGAUGAGCAUAAAUAAUGCUGAUCCAUGUCUACACACAAUUCUAUGAGAAAAUCAGAUUCAAAUUGGAAUUCCGAGGGAAAAAGGAAUUUAUGUCAGACUAAUUGGUCGCAUCAUUUACAAAAGAUUGAGCUCUUUUCCAGUCAGAACACAUUCCUGAACUCUAAUUUUAUAUUAUCUUUACCAUUGCAAAAUCCUACUGCUUCUGGCAAUCCUCUCAAACAUACAGAGUUGAUGGCUUCCACUAGGAUCCCUUUUGAUCCUUCACAGUUGUCAUUUGCUAAAAAGGCCUUACAGACUUUAUCAACUUGUCGUAGUAGUUUCAGAGAAUAUCUUAGGCCUGGGAUUACUGCACCGCUUGAGAAGAAUGACAAAGUUGAAUUACAAUCAUCAAGACAGUUUUUCACUUCUAAAAGUGGUGCGAAAUUGCAGCCAGAGAAAAACAUUGCCUCGAGCUCUACACAGAAUACAAAUAAUUCUGCUAAGAGUGCUUACAGUAGCGGAAGCAAAACUUUUGAAAGCAUUAAAGGUUUGAGAGCAAAUGUUUUGCCAGUUGAAGAGCAUGGUGCUCAUUUCAGCAACACAUAUGAUAAGGAAGCAAUCUCAAGCUGUUGUCAAGAAUCAGGCAGGCAAAGUUGUGCUGAAGCAGAACCAACUUUCAUGGAUCUGGGGGAGGAUGAUGACAUAUUGAAGAGCAUUGAUAUCGAUCAAAUUGUAUCCAAUCACUAUCAAUCAGCCUUCACACCGGAGGCUUCAGUUUUGAAAUUUUCAAGUACAAGCUGCAAAGUUGCUCCUACUUAUAAGCAACCACUUUCUCAAGAAACUUGUAUGCCUGAAAGUUCAUUAGAAAAUCAGAUAAACUAUAUUUGUGAUCAUGGUGUUCCGGUGGCUCGUUGUAUGGAAGCCACAAAACAUUUGCAGGAGCUGAAAGAUCAGCUAAUCUCAAUAUCAAAUGAGCUACUUGAUAAUGCUGCUGAACUGAGUCCUCAAAAAUCUGAAAAGCUUCGUCUAGAACGAUCUCACUUGAGCAAGAAAAUUCGCUACCUAGAGCUGCAACUUCAGUGCCCUCCUUUAGAUGAGAAGCGCGAGUUUUGUUCUUUCGCUUCUAGAGAACCAGCAAGUUGCUCUUUUGAAUCACGUUCAACCGUUUCUUCUGCAACUAGACAUUAUCAGCAGACCAAUGGUGAGGGAGGAAGGACACACGAGACUGUUGUGAGCUCACCUUUUGUAUGCCAAAAUCCUAUUGCUUCAAGUUCGAGUCAUGAAAUCUUUGAAUCAAAGACCAGGAAUUGCAACCAGUCAUUUGGGGAAGUUAUAGGUUCAAGGAAUAUAAGUACUUCUUGUGCUUCACAUGAGCUUUUUGAUAAUCAAAGAAGCCAGUUACAAAAUAUUGGGAGAGAACAGUACAUACCCAGGUUCACUGAAGUGAACUACACUGAAGGGUCUGGUGAUAAGAGGUGGAUCAGAAAAGACUUCCCUUGGACCCGAGAGAUAGAGGUAAACAAUAGAAAAGUUUUUGGCAAUCAUUCUUUUCGACCAAAUCAAAGAGAAGUGAUUAAUGCAACAAUGAGUGGACAUGAUGUAUUUGUUUUGAUGCCUACUGGUGGUGGAAAAAGCCUCACUUAUCAGCUACCGGCUAUUGUUUGUCCCGGUGUAACUCUUGUAGUUUCUCCUCUUGUGUCACUCAUUCAAGAUCAGAUCAUGCAUCUUUCCCAGGCAAAUAUCCCUGCAACAUAUCUUAGUGCAAACAUGGAGUGGCAAGAACAGCAACAAAUAUUUAAUGAGCUCAGUUCAAGCUGCUGUAAAUUCAAAUUGCUGUAUGUGACACCAGAAAAGAUUGCAAAAAGCGACCAUUUGCUAAGGCAUCUCGAAAGCUUGCAUCAAAGGGAGCUACUUGCUCGAAUUGUUAUUGAUGAGGCCCAUUGUGUCAGCCAAUGGGGGCAUGACUUUCGACCAGAUUAUCAGGGUCUUGGUGUCUUGAAGCAAAGGUUUCGUCAAGUGCCUUUGCUGGCUCUAACAGCAACUGCUACAGCAAGUGUAAAGGAGGAUGUUGUACAAGCGCUAGGUCUUGCAGACUGUUUGGUCUUUAGGCAAACUUUCAACCGUCCAAAUCUAAGGUAUGCUGUUAUGUCAAAGACAAAAAAAUGUGUCGAGGAGAUCGAUAAAUUCAUCAAAGAAAAUUACCGGGAUGAGUGUGGGAUAAUUUAUUGCCUAUCUCGAAUGGAUUGUGAAAAAAUUGCUGAAAAGCUACAGGAAUUUGGUCACAAAGCAGCAUUUUACCAUGGUAACAUGGAUCCUGAACACCGCUCUUUUGUCCAAAGGCAGUGGAGCAAAGAUGAAAUAAACAUAAUAUGUGCAACUGUCGCUUUUGGAAUGGGUAUCAACAAACCGGAUGUGAGGUUUGUUAUUCACCAUUCAUUGCCAAAGUCUAUUGAAGGUUAUCAUCAGGAAUGUGGUCGAGCUGGUCGGGAUAACCUUCCUUCAUCUUGCAUUCUUUACUACAACUAUGCUGAUUAUAUCCGAGUAAAGCACAUGCUUGUACAAGGAGCUUCAGAACAAAAUUCAAUGCUCUCUAGAGCAGGUCCUGGAGCUUUGGGAAAUUCAAGGAGUAUAUUAGAGACAAACCUUGAGAAUCUUUUAAGAAUGGUUAAUUAUUGUGAAAAUGAUGUCGAUUGUCGAAGAGUAUUGCAACUUGCUCAUUUUGGUGAAAAAUUUGAUGCUGCAAGCUGCAAAAGUACUUGUGACAAUUGUAGGAAAAUGAUAAAUUUUGUGGAGGAAGAUGUGACUGAUGCAGCAAAGCAUUUGGUAGAGUUAAUAAAGGCAAUGGGUCAACGCUACUCAUCUUCUCAUGUGCUCGAUGUCUAUCGCGGCUCCAUGAGUCAACAAAUAAAGAGGCAAAAGCAUGAAACACUGAAUCUUCAUGGAGCUGGUAAAAAUAUCAGUAAGCUAGAUGCAUCACGUAUAUUGCAUCGCUUAGUUCUUCAAGACAUCCUUACAGAAGAUGUCAUGAAGAAUGAUGUUUAUGGAUCAGUGUCUUCAGUUCUUAAAGUUAAUGAAAGCAAGGCAAGAGAUCUCUUCUUGGGGCGUGAGAGAGUUGUUGUGAGAUUGGCAGCCUCAAAGAAGGUGGAUAAGCAGGAUAAAGUUCACUUUACAACAAAGAGUGUUGAUCUGUCUAAAGCGAAGAUAAAUUCUCCUUCUGAAGAGGGGUCAUCUCUUCAAGCACAAGUUGAUCCGGCCCUGUCAAGCAAACUCUAUUCUGCAUUGCGACAUCUUCGAACAAUGCUUGUGAAUGAGUCUGUGGGAAAUGUCAUGCCCUACCAUAUUUUGGGAAAUGCCACCUUGCAACAGAUCAGUAAAAAGGUACCUAGGACAACAGAGGAAUUGAUGGAAAUAAACGGUAUUGGAAAGGUGAAGGUUAUCAGAUAUGGUUCAAGAAUACUUGAAACCAUUUUAUCUACAAUUGAGGAAUUUCAUAAUGCACAAAAGAGUACAUUGGCCCUUGAUACAAACAUUACAAAUGAGUAUGUUACACCAUCAGCAAAGCGGCGACGAGAAACUGGUGGUGGUUCCAGCUUAUGUGCUAUGGAGGAUGAUGAUUUCAUUCAAAAUGGAAUCUCAAUAAAGAAAAGACAACCGAAGAAACUAUCAGCUAAGGUUAAGGAAGUUGGAGGUUCAGAUAUAGAGCCAACCUGCUCAAAGACAUCUUUAACCCAGAUUUCCAAGCAUUCAAAUGGCAUGGGCUCUUCUUUUGGACAACAAAAUGGCACUUCAGAUUUUGGGAUGGUUGUUGAAGACAUAGACCUGGAUAUGCCGGAAGGCUUUACUGUCACAAGUGAGCUUGAUAAUGUUGAAUCGAUGAAGAACCAAAGUCUGUAUAUACCGGAUGGCUUUAGUCUCACAACUGAUCUUGAUGAUACAAAUCAAAAUCAAAGCCAAAAUGGUGCUAGAGUUUCACAUUUUCCAUUAAUUUCAAGAAAUGAUAAAUCCAAUUUAAAUAUUUCCAGCAUGUUUGCUGAGUAUGCUUUAAGGAAACUUCAUAGAUAGCCCCUCAUCAUCAUAUUAAAAUUGUAUAUUGUAGGGAAUUAUUUACCUCUGAUGUAAGCUUAUUUUCCUUGUAGUACUUCUUGGUGGAGUUCUAUUUGAUGGGUUUGAUAAUAACGUCUGAUUCACAGAAGGGAUCAGAUUGUUUCAUGCUCUUGUGCCAUGCAGUCAUUUUUGACAAGUUUCUUGAAUAUCCACUUGCCUGAGCUUUAAUUGAUUGUAAUUUUGCCCCCUCCAAGCUGCAAUGAGUGUGCCUUAUAAUUGUGAAUAAUAGUGCUGCCAAAAGCAUGCUUGAUUGAUUAGGAGAUCAUAAGAUUCCUAGCAUCAAUCUUAUCACGAUCUCUCUGUGGGAUAUUACAUGCCACUGUAAUUUGUUUUUUGGGAAUUUAAACUAUGCACAUGUGAACUUCAGCA